AUUGUCUACAGAAACUGGUGAAGGAUGGAGAGGUGAUUAAAAUGAUAAGCGAUGCGUUGCUUAUACUUUUCUUCUUUAUGAUAGAAGCAGCAAGUUGUAAUGACGGUUCGUUUAUAUUUUAACUGUUAGUUAUUUAUCUUUAAUUCAUAAGAGGCUUAUUUUAAGAUUAAUUCGAGGAGUUCGAAGUAAACAAUUGAUUUUUUUUCCUACGUAGCUUUCAGAAUAUGAGAUAUAUGAUGCAUGGAGGAGGCAAAGAGAAUGGCGUUACUCUUAUAUCAACGCCGGUUAUCGAAUAUAAUGUUCUAGUGUACAUUCUAUGUUAUAUUAUUGAAAAGGAAUUGGGAAAACCUGUCACGUUAAAUCACAGACUUACGAAUUAUUCGAGUCUUGAUUGGCUCUCCCGUUUGACUGAGGAAAAUAAAAAAGAAAUAUUUAUCGACAUUGCAGUUAAACUUCCAACUGGUUACGAAAACGAAUAUGCAAAUGAGAAUUUGCUGCACUUGGGUGUUACGGGACCUCCUUUGCGGGACGGCUGGUUUAUCAAUAGAAAUGUUGUAGAAAAUCUAUGGAAAAAUAAAACUAAUAGGAUUUUACUCGAUCAUUGGAGAUCGUUAAAUGAACGUCCAGUUAAAAAACUAAUGCAUGAACGCUACAAACAAGACUUAAAAGAUAUUAAGGAGAUGGUCCAUUCUGAUAAGAAGAUAACGUGUCAUAUCAGACAAAAGAAACAAUGUAAAUUCCUCUUCGUGGAUGGAUACACUCUAGAAAAGGCGUCGUCAGUCAAAAAAGAUCUAACGGAACUAACAGGAAGACGUAUUAGUCAGAUAACGGCCCUUAUUCCAUCGGAUUAUGGUUCAAAGCGAUAUCUACUGAAAGACGAUCGUCGAGAUCGAAUGACCCUUCUUGCAUCGGAAUAUCCAUCUAUAUUAACAGUAGUUGGGAAUUAUACUGACAUGCAAUUACCAUUCUCUAGACGAAAUAGAGAAUCAUCUUUGAAUAAAUUCGCUUCGUUCAACAUUCAAUUUGACUCGGAACUCAAGCAUCUUGUCAGUCGGAUAAAAUUUAAUCAAACCAUUUACGAAACUAUACUCAAAUCUUUUCAUCCGGAGAAAUUAGGCCUAAAUGAUACUAUAAUAAAGGCUGAAACGAAGCGAGUAGCGUUCGAAUUUAUUAAAAAUUACAAAAAUGUAUGGAAAGAAUGGCUAAUGCAACCAAAGAGGAAGAAGAAAGUUUUGAAAAUAGGCGGCCUAUUUCCUUUAGACAGUAGAAAAUUUGUUAUACCAUUAAGCUACUGCGCCGCUAAGUUUGCCGUUAAAAAAGUUAAUCAAAAUAGAAAUAUACUAAAAGAUUAUCAUUUAGUAUUAGACGCUGUCGAUACUAAAGCUCAAGCUGACAUCGCCAUAAGAUAUUUUAUAAAAUGGAUUAACUCGGAGGAUACUUAUGUUGCUGCUGUAGGGCCUGCUGAUGAGGAUGAAAUAGAAGUUGUCGCCAAAGUCGGUGACCUCUUCAAUUUCCUAACAGUCACUUACAGCAGUUACGAUAACGUGAUAAAAAGUAAAUACUUCUACAGAAUUUUAGCUCCUGCAACAUCGUUCGGGGAGGUUUACGUUUAUAUAUUUAGAAAAUAUAACUGGACGAAAGUUGCUCUUCUUGGCGAAAAUGCCAAUAAUGUGCCCACUUAUCAUACGUCUUUGAGACAGACAAUCGAACAAAAUGACAUUGAGGUUGGUUUUCAAAGUCAGAUACCUGAAAACGUUGCUUCUGUUGAAAAGAAAUUAACAAGCAGAGAAGGAUAUGUUUGGUUUCUGCCUGCAUGGAUUCAUUUGAAUUUUACUUCUAUCAAAAUGAAUAAUAUUUCGAAAUGCUCCAUUGAAGAUUUAUCCGAAGCCUUAGACGGUGUUUUUCUAGUGAAAAGACAACCUUCGGAAGAAUCCAGAUGGAAGAAUACUACCGGUGAAUCCAAUUCAAAUAAUGCUGUGGAUGUUGAUGAUCUAAGUUGGGAAGAUUGGAAAAAAUCAAUAAGCCAAUGUAAAAAUUAUUCGGGAAAGUCACUUAAAGACGACUUGGAGAAUGAUAUGGCUUAUGAAAGCUAUGACGCUAUAUGGGUAAUAGCGACUGCUCUUGACCAAUUUCUGGUAAAUGCUACUGAAAAUUUAGGAUUUUAUAUAAGAAAAGAAAGAAAGAGAUUAGUAAAAUAUGUAAAUUCCAUCAACAUAAAGGGAGUAUCUGGGCCCAUCAAGUUCUUAAAUAAUCAUAGAGUAGGAGUUUCAGUUCUACUGCAAUUUUCUCAUUCGAAAUAUCAGAACUGCACAUCAUCUAAAUUUAAAUAUAGCUGCUCUUUCUCAAAAACUGGAGUUUUUGGCUAUGAUAGUGAUUCAAAUAAAACGAUUGUCAAGUUGAAUCAUACAGAUAUUAAAGAUAUCGAAUGGAAAAGUGGAACAGUUCCUAGAGAUAGUAUUCCUAAAGAGGAAUAUUGCACCAUCGAACCAUUUAGAGCCUUCUUGGGCGUCGAAUGUAGCGUUGCCUUGACUAUUCUUAACAUCCUAGCAGUUUUUGCCUUUGUUUUAUUUUUAUUGGUUGUUAUUAUGAUUGUAAGAAAUCGAUAUGAAAAGAAGGUGAAAGCGACACAAGAUAGAAUGAAAGAACUGGGCAUAUUAAGUGAUGUUAAUUGGUUAAGUUUAGAUCAAUGGGAAAUGGAUAGGAGUUGUGUUGUACAUAAUAGAAAACUUGGCCAGGGAGCUUUCGGAACGGUUUUUGGAGGAGAGGCUUAUCACAAUAACUCUUGGCAGGCCUGCGCCGUUAAAACUUUGAAACCGGGUUCGUCAACAACAGAUAAAAUAGAUUUUCUCAGCGAAGCCGAAUUAAUGAAGCGAUUCAAUCAUGAUAAUAUAAUUAAACUAAUUGGCGUCUGCACAAGAGGAGAACCUGUCCUAGUGGCCAUGGAGUGCAUGCUUCACGGUGACUUGAAAACCUUCUUACUAGCGAGACGCCACCUAGUUGGAAAAUCAGAUGCCGAAGAAGUAAGCACCGAAAGGCUUAACAAGAUGGCAAGAGACAUCUGUCGGGGAGUUGACUAUCUAGCUAGAAAUCUUUAUGUCCAUCGGGACAUUGCUUGCCGAAACUGUUUGGUGCAUGAAAAUUUAACUGUAAAAUUAUCUGAUUUCGGUAUGACAAGACCGAUUUUUGAUCAGGGUUAUUAUAGAUUCAGUCGUAGAGCCAUGCUUCCAGUUCGGUGGAUGCCUCCUGAAUCUUUAACCGAAGGAAUCUUUACAAGUAAAUCAGAUGUUUGGAGUUUAGGAGUCGUUAUAUUUGAGAUAGCAACUUUCGGUUCUUAUCCUUUUCAAGGGAUGAAUAAUAAACAAGUUAUAGACCACAUCCAAUGCGGCAAUACUCUCUGUGUUCCUUCAAAUUUUCCCCAGGAGCUUCUUAAUCUAUUACAUGAAUGUUGGGCAUAUGCUUCGGAGGAUAGACCGUCCGCGUGCGAGAUUUUAAAACGUUUGGAGAAGGAUAAUUUAAUAGUACCGUGUUUAGACGAUCCUGCCUCUGCAGUUGAACCCGAAGAAGAAGAGCAAGCAGGUUGUACCGUUGCACCGAAAGCUAGUCGUCAAAGAUCUCUUCACCGAAUAUCUUCGAUACAUAGUGAACACGCCCAAGUAGUAACAAACGUAAGAGUAAAAUCAUCGCAUGGCUUACCAAGAACCUCAACGGCGAAUUCAAUGCCAGAGCAGACAGCAUCCUUAAUGAAUGGUACCAAAACAAAACCAUCAGUUGAUAGGUAUAGCGAUGAGGUCAGGGAUGACAGAGAAAGUUCUGAUAUUAGUAGGGGUGUGGGAGGUUACGUUUAA